AUGUUCGUCCAACUGCGCCGUGUGGUGUACCUGUUGGUAGUUCUGCAGUGCUGUUUGUAUGUGGUGAGCGCUGCUGAUGCCCAAGAAUUCGAACAGGCACGGAACCGUUUACAGGCGGUAGUAAAUGAAGUAGUUAGUCGAUCAGCGGUAAGGGAGAAAUGGUUGGAAGAGCGGAGGAGUGCAUUGGAGGCAUGUGAGACGGAUUAUAAAGAAGCUGAAGCUGUUGUGAAUGAAAUCAAAAUCCUAAUGGCCGCGAUUAAGGAAAAAGUGAAAGGCGAGACGAUCCCAGAUGCCCCGUCCCGGCUCCAAGAAGAAGUUGUCGAGUUGGUGAGCAGGGCCAUUGAAAUAAUACCGAGAGCCGAGAAGGCCUCUACGAAUUGUGAUGCAUCGUACAAAAAGGCGCUGAAUACGGAGAGGUUAUUGAAACUGAUUCCGGAGGGUAUGGAAGAAGAUUUGCAAGAACUUAAAAAAGCUCUAACGACAUUCGGGUCGGUAAGUGCUAGUGAAGAGAACAAGGAUAUCAAAGAGAAAGAGCUGCGCUUUGCAUAUGCGACGUAUUACAAGUUAUUUAACAUCUCACAGGAUUUCACAAGUCUGGACGCAAAACUUCUUGGAUGCAACAUCUUCGCCAAGAUGAAUGGGAAGGAGGCGGAUGACGCCAAGAACAAAUUGACUGCGAUGAUCGGGAAUCAUGGGGAAACAGUAAAACAACUGCAACAACGAAAAGAACAAGCAAAGAAAGCAUACAGGGAACGGCAGGAGGCAGCGCAGAGGAGACGGAACAUGGAGAGAAGAAAGUGGCUCAGGUGGGGUUGA